GGAAAAUAUAUAUGUAGAUACAUGACAUCAUCCUCUCUCUAAAAAAAAUUUCACCAUAACUGGAUGCUGGAUCUUAAUUUAGUUUACAUCUUGUGGCAUAAAACAUUAAAACUGACGAAUAAUCUUUAAUGAUUGAAGGAUCAAUAGAAACUUAAAAAAAAAGAAGACUUCAGCUGUUCUGUCAUGUUAAAAUGGGUAAAGUUAAAAGACAAAGAAAGAAACUGCACACAGAAGCUGUAAAAACUACAGACAACAAAGUAGAAAUUGUAGAUAUGAUGGAUACAGACAUUAAGCAACCAGAACUAAGGUUAGACAAUCCAUUUGCCAAUCUUGACCUUGACCUAGGUCAACUAAAGCAGAAGCUUCCAGAUUUUGAUGCCAGAAGUCAAGUGACCAAUAAAUCUUUGAAAGGUUUACACAUUAAAAAGAAAGAUAAAAAGAAACUUAGACAUGAUAUUUGGAUCAAAAAAUUAAAUGAAGUUGAAGCAGCAAAGAAAGAAGAAAAGGAGAGAAAGAAGAGAGAGAAGACAGCUAUAGUGGGUGACAUUGGAGCCAUGGGUGAUGCCCUUCCUACCAUAGAACUGUUAAUGAAAAAAUCCAGUAAAAUCAACAGUGAUCAAACAGAACAGAAGAAGAGAGGUAUUGCCACGGAAAAGAAAAGAAAAAAACAAAUGAUGGAAGAUAUCUCAAUAUUCAAACAGAUUUUAGAUCAUCCAGCAUAUAAAGAGAAUCCUACAGAGACAAUUAAUACACACUUACAAAACAAACUGAAACAAGAAGAUACAGGAUAAUAAAAUAUUAUAUUUUAA